AUGGCUGCCAAAAAUCUGACGAUUGCCGACCUUUUCAAUAGUUCCGGCCCUUUUGCUUUGCUCUUGAACUCGACGGGGGCCGACAGUCAUAAUUACCCUUCCCUGAAUAGCAACCCGUUGCUUUCGGAGCCAAUCCCUCUAGAUGUUGUAGCAUCAUGGCCUCCACCAAAUUAUAUAAACCCAGAGACGAAACAUCCGCAGAUGUUUGCGUGGGAAUUGAGUUUACUGAGUUUGGCGGUUAUAGCGGUGGUGUUGAGAUUAUAUGUUAGAAUAUGGAUGAUGAGACCUAUUUGGGGAAUUGGUGGGGAUGACUGGGGAGUUGGGGUUGCAUUGGUGAGAUAUACUCCAUAG